AUCACAGUAGUUCCAAAACCAAGAAUUUUAGGGCCUCAACUACUUCAGGCAAUCUACCCUUGACGCUUAGAAACACGCCAGCGCACCAGGAUGCUUCUUAAACUUCACUAACAUCCAGUCCAGCUUUCCAAAUCCUUCUGGGCACCUAACAUUCACAGAGUGGAUGCACAUGCCCACUUAGACCCUAAAGUGGGUAGAUCACAGUGAUCAAUUCCCUCCACCUAACCUCUUCCUCCAUUUUCAUUCCUCAGCUCUACUUUAAAUACACAUUACUCCAUCCCCUCUUUCUAAGUCGCCCCACAUUAUCUAUUUUAGCUUCUCGUUUAGCGACAAAAAUGGCACCAGCAGCAGUAGCAAUGGCGGCACAGGGGAGACCAGACACAUUACCUGUGGGGGAGGCAGAGGGGGCCAAGGAGCUGCAGGAGAUCUUCGUUAGGGAUGAAGAUGAGCGGCCCAAAGUGGCAUAUAAUGAAUUUAGCAAGGACAUUCCCAUCAUCUCCUUGGAGGGAAUUGAGGGGGCACAGAGGGACCGUGUGAGGGAGGAGGUGAGCAGGGCGUGCCAGGAGUGGGGGAUAUUCCAGGUGCUCAAUCAUGGGGUGCCAUUGGAACUUGUGAGCUCCAUGGCUCAGCUUUCUAAAGAGUUUUUCGCUCUUCCUGCAGAGGAGAAGCUCAAAUUUGACAUGAGGGGGGGAAAGCGUGGAGGAUUUGUGGUAAGCAGCCAUCUUCAGGGGGAGGCUGUUCUUGACUGGAGAGAAAUCUUUACUUACUUCUCGCAUCCCCUGCGCCAGCGCGACUACACUCGCUGGCCUGAGAAGCCCCAUGGCUGGAGAGAGAUUGUGGACAAGUACAGUGAGGCCCUGAUGAGUCUGGCGAGCAAGCUAUUGGAGAUACUGUCAGAGUCACUGGGACUAGAGGUGGAUGCAGUAACGAAGGCUUGUGUGGAGAUGGACCAGAAGGUGGUGAUCAAUAGCUACCCAAAAUGCCCACAACCAGACAUGACACUAGGGUUGAAGAGGCACACCGAUCCGGGCACCAUAACUCUUCUCCUCCAAGACAACGUGGGAGGUCUCCAAGCCACCAAAGACGACGGUCUCACCUGGAUCACCGUCGAGCCCAUCGAGGGUGCCUUCGUCGUCAAUCUCGGAGACCACAUGCAUUAUUUGAGCAAUGGCAAGUUCAAGAGCGCAGAUCAUCAGGCAGUGGUGAACUCGAACAGCAGCAGGCUGUCGAUAGCGACGUUUCAGAAUCCGGCACAGGAGGGAGUGGUGUACCCAUUGAAGUUGGAGGAGGGAGAGGAGAGCUUUAUGGAAGAGCCCAUUACUUUUGCUCAGAUGUACUCUCGUAAGAUGAGCCGUGAUAUCGAGCUCGCUCGCCAGAAGAAGCUCGCCAAGCUUAACCCACCUCCCACCCAAGAUCCCUCAUCCAUUCCCCUCCCAUCUCACUAGACAUCACCAUAUUCCUUCAUACAAUGGCAUCACUUCCUUUCUUUCUAUCCUUCAUCUCAGUGUUCUAAGUAAUAUGAAUCAUCUCUCCUAUAGAAAGAUUAUAAUAUAUCCUCCUAUAGAAGAUUAUAUGUUCUCCUUUGUUUCCUUCAUUGUGGUUCCUUGAUAUAAUGGAAAUGUUACUUUGAUUUGUA